AAGUGGCUCAAGGAAGUUGGAAGGGACACUGAGUUGGGUAUUGCGGCCUUAGGCCAGCUCCCUAAAAGCGUGCGCCUGUCAUGGGCUUGGCGUGUGGGAAGUCCCAUUUGCCUCAGCUGCCCGAGUCCAAGACCGCUACGCCCGGCCCUGCAGGAGAUGAUGACUGGAGAGCGCUGCUGACGGCACCAUCCGGACCCAGCGCUGCAUCCCCGCAACGGCGACAAGAACCAGUGCCAGAGCGAGCUCGACAAGAGAAAGAGCAGACACCGAGGGUAGAACAAGCAGAAGCGCGGCAAGAGCAGGACCCUGAAGAACCUUAUGGGCUUUUGGAUGAAUAUGUGGAUGACCUGCUCGGCAUUCCUGCAAAAGACCGACCAUCCUGGCAGAGGCCCUCCUGGAAAGAGACCCAGGGCGACCUCAGUGCAAAGGUGCCUCAGAUGGUGCGGGAGGAUGGAUCUCGAGGGCCCGCACUGGCAACUCCGGAAAAGUUGCCUUCCUCGUGGCUUGGAACUCUCUGGGGAUCUCUGUACCGGCACUUGCAUGAGAAAACCAGAGAAAACCCGGUUGCUGUGCAGCAAGUUGACCGUGUGGAACGGGGCAUGUGACCUAGGUCCUACAUGGCAGGAGUUCUGAGCGGCUGGGCUGCGAUCGACAGCGACAAGGUGACUACAGAUGCAAAGGAUGCAAAGGAGGGACCGGCCCCCAAGCGACGGGUGGAGAGGCCCCGGGACUGACUGGGCAUCGCACGCGAAGCGGCGGUCCCCAGAGGCCCAGAGGCAAGAGACCACCUGGGAGCGCUGGAACUGG